UCGCUUCUAACCUUGAAGCGUUUUCCAAUUGGUUGAACGGUGACGUUGCGUGACGUCAUCAGUCGGCGUCCUUUGCCCCGUCCGUCCGCUGCCGCUUCAGCUGUCAGUCGCUGCAGCCUUGCACCGCCAUGUCCUUCUUCUCUCGGCAAAUCUGCCGGAGCUUCUGCUCGUCCGCCGUCAGGAAUGUUGUCAUUAAAAACCUGAUGAUUAUCGGAGGCGGACAAAUGGGAGCGGGCCUCGCACAGGUUGCUGCAUCGACUGGCCACACGGUGACGCUAGUGGACACCUCUGCAGACAUACUGAAGAAGUCCGUCAAAGGGAUCGAAGGAAGCUUAAAAAGAGUGGUGAAGAAGAAGUUUGCGGAUAAACCAGAGGCAGGUGAGGAGUUCAUCCAGAAGGUUCUUCAGAACGUGUCCACCUCCACUGACUCUGGAUCAGCCGUGCAGAGCGCUGAUCUGGUGCUGGAGGCCAUCGUGGAGAACCUGAAGGUCAAGCAGGAGGUUUUCCGCAGCCUUGACCAGCUGGCGCCCUCACACACCAUCUUCGCCAGCAACACGUCGUCUCUGCCCAUCGCCGACAUCGCCGCCGCCACCGGCCGCCUGGACCGCUUCGGCGGACUCCACUUCUUCAACCCGGUUCCCAUGAUGAAGCUGGUGGAGGUGAUCGGAACCUCAGCCACCAGCCAAGACACCUUUGAUUCUCUCCUCAACUUCAGCAAAGCUCUCGGGAAAACCCCCGUGUCCUGCAAGGACACGCCGGGCUUCAUCGUCAACCGCCUGCUGGUCCCCUACAUGAUGGAGGCCAUCCGCCUGCAUGAGCGAGGUCAUGGAUCCAAAGAGGACAUCGACAUCGCCAUGAAGCUAGGUGCUGGUUACCCCAUGGGUCCCUUCGAACUCGCGGACUAUGUGGGAUUAGACACGCUCAAAUUCAUCAUGGACGGUUGGAGCGUCAUGGACUCCGGCAACCUGCUGUUCAGCCAGUCGGAGCUGCUGAACAAACUGGUGGCGGAAGGGAAGUACGGCAAGAAGACGGGCGAGGGCUUCUACAAGUACAAGUAGAGCGCGAGAGGGUUGGUCAUCGCCAGUGCCUUCUCCCAGUAGCGUCUAAUAAAUCUCACCGAGGAUCUCUGUGUGACUGUUUUUGAACUGUGCGCAUGUUGAGGAGCUCCGGCUGAGACUUGGAGUAGAGCCUCCACUCCUCCUCCUCCUCCACCCGGUGGAGCCGCUUCAAGUGUCUCACAGAGUUGCUGAUUUCUUCCUGGCUACACUGAAUAAAAAUGGUGUGAUUGCAUUCGCACUCUGGUUUGGGAACAUCCCAUAAGCCUACUGUCGGAUCUAAGGAGCUCCUCGAUAAUAUAAGUGCAACGGCAGUUUAAGGAAGGUUAUAUUGCUUCAGUGUUGAUUAAAAACAAUGUAGGGUCAGCGAACGCUACACGGACCUGAAGUAUGAGUGUUUGCUUCCACGUGAAUCGUGUGCUUAAAAAUAACAGGGUUGUGUGAGGUUUGGGGUAGUUGCACAAAGAUUUAAGAUAAGUAACAUCUGUAAAUGAAGAGGAGAAAAUGUUUUAUGCUGCAUCAUUAGCUGUAAAUUAUUUGUAAAAUAAUCAUAAUAAUAAAAGAUUGUUUAAACAGCAUUUUGAAAAUGAC